UGCCAUAAUUCUUUUUCUUUUUGUUUCUGGGAGGUGGAGUGAUCAUACGUGUAAGAUGCGCGGUGUUGUUGGGAUUUUUAUGUAUUUUUCAUAAUGACGAAAUGGAAACGGUUAUGUUUUUUAAAAGGAAUUCCUUUUUGGAAAUUUUGAUAUUUCCUGUUUAAGGAGGUAUUGAGCUGAAUGUAAGAUAAUGGAGAAGUUUGGAAUGAACUUUGGAGGUGGCCCUAGCAAAAAAGAGUUGCUAGAUAUCAUAGAGGGUCAAAAGAAGCAAUUGACCCAGUAUCAGACACGUUUUAAGGAUGUUGUGAGAGCUUAUAAAAGCCUACUAAAAGAGAAAGAGGCACUAGAAGCAAGUCUUAAAGUCCUCACUGUCUCCCAGGAAGCAGAUUUACAUUUACAAAAUGAAAAAUGUCAAACAGUUUCUGCAGCUAAUCGUUUACUUCCAGAUGCUGGAGACGAUAAGAGCUCUGUUCACAGUGAAGACAGUCUUGGCACUGCUGCUAGUGCAGAUACUGCAACAAGUUUAACAAGCAGCAGCACCAAAGGUGAGGCAAAUGAUGAAGACAGAAAUCUUGUUGAUAUAAUGACAACAGAUCCUUCUCAAAAGUUUGAAGAAAGCAAUGGCUCAGAGAGUGGUGUCAGCUGCAGCAGUGGUGAACAGCAAGCUACAGGAGAAAUAGAUAAAAGAAUUCUUCAGAUGAAGACUCAGCUGUCCAUACUAACAAACUCUCUUGCUACUGUGGCACAAGAGAAGUCCAGGAUGGAGGCAUCCUUUCAAGCUGAUAGAAAAAGGAUGAAGCAGGAAUUGGAUGAAUUAAAUGAAAAAUUGGAAGAAGAAAAAAGAAAGUAUGAAAGUGAGAUUAAAUGCUUGCAAGAUCAGUUAGCAGAAGCAAAAGCACGUGUAAUAACACAACAGCAUGAAAGAGCACAAGAGCAAGGGGACCAUGCAGUAAUGCUCAGAGAGUUGCAACAGCUGCUUCAAGAAGAGCGUGCCUCAAGACAAGAUGCAGAGCUGAAACUUGAGGAAAUAAGAGAGGAAACUGCAAGCAAAAUCUCAGCUGUUGAUUUGACUGUGCAUUAUGAAAGUCAAAUAAAACAACUUUCCAAAGAGAUGGAUGAACUAAGGAGAAAGCUACAGACUAUGGAGGAAGAGAGAAACAGACCUGAUCCACGUGUAGGUGAAAUGCAGCAGCAGAUAUCUGACCUGAAGUUGCAUUUCCAGCUGCAGCUUCAGAGUGAGAUGAAGAAGGUUGCACAAGCUGAAGAACAACUCAAGCAACAUGCUCAGAAGGAAGAAGAACGUAUUGCAAGCCUUGAGGGUCAAGUAUCUGAGCUUUCUGAGUUAUUAGGCAGUUAUGAAAAAGCCAAACAAAAAGACCAGCAAACCAUACAAAAACUCAGAGAUCGCAUUUUGCAGCUAGACAUGGAAAAUAAAACUUUGGCUAUUGCAGCAACUAUUAGGAGUUCAGUGGAUCUUACAAUAGAUGAGUCAAACUUGGAUGUAAAUGUAUUAAAAGACAAAAUAGAAAAGCUCAAAAAGCUUUUAGUAAUAGCAAAACAGAAAUCCCCACAAUCAUUUGAUUUUGAGAAGCAGUGUGAUUUGGAUCUUACAGAUAGUACUGAGCUAUCAGAUGGGGAGAAGGCUUCCGUAAUUUAUUAUCAACAGGAACUGAAACAGCUAAAGGAGGAGUUUGAAAGGUACAAGAUGAGGGCACAGGUUGUGCUCAAAAACAAGACUUCUAAAGAUGGUAAUAUUACGAAGGAGUUGGAGGAUACUAGAGAGCAAAUUUCUGAACUUAAGGAAAAGUAUAUUUUGCUUCGUCUGUCCUGUGAUGAAAUGGAGAACAACCACAAGCAAGAGCUUGAAGCCAAGCAACAGUACAUCACCAAUCUGCAACAGACUCACAAGCAAGACCUGGAAAAGUUACAGGCAGGAUACCGUGAAAGAUCACUUAAACUAGAGGAAGAACUACACAAACAAAGAGACCGGACCCUUGCCCUUUUGGCUGAAAAAGAUCAAGAGCUUGAUCGUUUGAAAUCUAUAUCAUUUAGUUAUGCCUUAAGUGGACUUAAAAGUACCAGUGAGAACAAUAUAAUCUUGGAGAGGGAAGUAGCAGAUAAGGAAAUUUCAGAUGAUUCUACUCAGGACAUCAUUGCUGAGGCUCUGAAACUGGCAGGCCCUAAUGAGCCAACUCUGUUACUGUAUGCAGAACAGUUGGCUCGAAAGGAAGUUGAGAUCAUCUCUUUGCGGAAGCAGAAACAUCGGUUGGAAGGAGAUUUUCAUCAACUUCAGAAUAAGUUUGUGGCUACAAGGGAGCAAUAUGAGGAGGAACUUUCUGUGCUUAAAGAUCAACUUCAGAAAAGUGCCAGAGAUCUGAGUCGAGAAGGAGCCAAUCUUGAAUACCUAAAGAACAUUAUUUACAAAUACUUGACUCUGCAGGACUUUUUUGGGCGACAGCAAACACUUACAGCAAUAUUAACCAUAUUGCACUUUAGCCCGCAAGAAAAGCAAGCUGUAAUGAAACUUCAAGGUAAUAGCUGGUGGGGUUCUGGGUCCAGGUAGAUGUAUAGAUGUAUAGCCUCUCUAAUGAUAUUAACACCUUAUUUUGACUUGUUUCCUUUGGUUAUGUAUUAAAUUCCUUUUAAAUACUGGUAUUGCUUAUUUGCAAAAUUUGUUUUUUCCAAUCAUAUAUUUCACUUUUCAUACACAUUUAUAAUGUAAAGGAAAAGGAUUAUGUAUUGAUUUGUUAUUUAUAAUGAUUCGACAAAAUCACGUUUGUCAUUUGAGUUAUAUCUCUUUUAACCUCUAGAUGUCAUUAAAGCACCAUAUACAAUCAGCAAUUGCACCAUAUUUUCUUGCUUUCUUUUGGGUUAAUGAUCUUCCAGUUGGCUAGUAUAGUGAUAGUUGCUUUAUUUCUUUAUAUUUGUAUUCUUUGAAAUGUUUAAAAAAUGUUAUUGUUUCUAAAACAGAACAUUUAAAUAUACUCAAGAUUAUACUGUUUUUAUGAGUUGAAUUAUGAUGUCAUGGUGCAAUAUAGUGUAUACAAAAACAUUUUAAUUUAUGUAUUAUGAUUCCUUAUGCUUUUGAAACCUUUAAUUAAAAGAAUAUAUUAUUAAUCGGAGAUAAGUGUUAGUACAGUCAAACCAAAAUGGUACUAAUUUUUGUCCUAAGAAUUGAAAACCAUAUUAAUUAUGGGGCAGUUCUAUAAUUUUUACCAUAAUGUUUCUUGAGAAGAAGUGCAUUUCACAGUUCUAUUUUUAACUCUUAUUUUUGGCCAGUGUGGAUGUGCCAGAUGAAAGAAUUUAACUUAAGUGCAGUGUUUCCCCUACCACUGAAAUCGGUGGGUGGAUUGCUAAGUAGUCAUGCAACCACAAUUGCAGUAUAGUAAUCCAUAGAUUUCCCUGUGGGGUGGAGUGAGGGUAAAGCAUAGUGACAUCCAAUCUUAAAGCAGAUUGAAUUUGUUUAUCAAAUUGCUGUGAAUUUUCAAAGGGGGCAAACCAUCGUUUAUUGUGUUUGCUUACAUUCACAAGAUGUUCCUGUUCAUACUCAUGCGUUCUGUAUGUCAAAUGGCUCACAAUAUUGCCUCACGUUACACUACAUGUGAGACACAAUGUACAUCUUGAAAUUGGUGUGAAAACCUGGAAAUAGUCUUGAAAGUAGACAGCCUCCCCGUGCUAAUAGACAGACUGGAAUAGAGAGUUUCCCAGACAGUAAUUUCAUGUGAACAAUCCAUGAAGUCAAAGUGCCAAGUCAAACAACUCGGAAGAAAACAAUGUCUUGAAAUUCUCCAAGUUCUUCCACCUCAGUCCAUCCAUUCAUUAUCCAACCCGCUAUAUCCUUCCACCUCAGUCAUUGUAUAAAAUAAAAAUAUAAACUGGCCAGCCAGUAAGGGUAUUUUUGUGGAUGAAAUGCAUUUGGAGUGACGUGAUACACCUUUAAUGCAUUUAGUUUCUCUUUAUUUUGACAAAAAUAGAGCU